AUGGAUACACACAUGGAUCAUACGGAAAUUCCGGUGAUCGAAACCGAUGAACCGUUAUUCGAUGUUCUUCCCAAGCUAUUCAACUUUAUUAGCAUGGCCGUGGGUGAUAUGGCUUACUCGUUUGAGCAAAUGCUGUACGGAUCCCAAGGACACCGUCUUAGACAAUUGGUUCAUGCUUUAGCAGAUGAUACUCACAAUCCCUUCAUCAUUGUAGCGUUGAUGAUUCUGAAAUGGGAUUUCACCACUGCCACUGAGGAUGACUGGGGGCUUAAUGAGAGCCGCGGUGCAGCCUGCGAAUUUGUUGCCUGGCAAUUCCUGUGCCACCUGAACCAGCGUGAGACAAUUGAGUUUCUGUUAGAAGAGCUACCAACACCGCGGCGCGGUUCGGUAAAUAUCAUUGAACCCGAAGCAGGUAAUACUGGCCUGGCAUCUAUCCGAGGUGAUACAAGCCAAACUCAAAAUGAGGCUACUCCUCUCUUGCCAAACUCUUCUUUUUAUCGUCUGUUUGGCAAGAGGACCACGGAGACUCAGUCAUCUGGAACCUCACAAGAUACACAAACACGUGAGGAAAUCUAUGCCGCCCAGAGAUACUCCCAAUUCUUUGGUUUGAAUGCACUUGAGAUUGCAACGAUUGCCCAUGCGAAGAGAUUUCUGAGCCAGCGAGUUGUUCAAAAGGUGGUCGAUGGUAUUUGGAAUGGUGAAAUCGUUUUCUGGGAUUCCCUGACGGUCAAUUCAACCAAGAAACCUCAUAUUUUUAACAGAAGAACGUCUGAUCCAUACUCACGCCUGAGAGUACCUCUGUACCGGAAAAUCUUUGAAGCAGCAUUCUUCAUGUCCUUCCUCUUUCUCUACUACGCAGUCCUAGUAGAGAGGAGACAAGAGGCCGUGGGCAUUUUCGAAGCGGUGAUGUAUGUAUGGAUCGUCGCUUUUGCAUAUGAUGAAUUGAGUGGAAUCAUUGAUGCCGGAGUCGUUUUCUACCAAAUGGAUUUCUGGAGUCUUUGGAACCUGAGCAUAAUUGGCGUUGGAAUAGCAUUUGUCAUAACAAGGGUCAUCGGGCUAGCGAAGGGCAACGACCCCAUUAUUGAGCUCUCAUUCGACAUCCUAUCUCUAGAGGCUCUGUUUCUUGUACCAAGGAUCUGCUCGCUUGUGAGCUUGAAUUCAUACUUCGGCAGUCUAAUCUCCCCCAUCUUCGGCUAUGGCUUGAUGCUUACUUUCGCCCUCAUGACCAAUACUCUCAUUCUCUCAUCCUUAAUUAGUUUGAUGAGCAUGAGCCUUGAAGGGGUGAUGCGGCAUGCUCGAGAAGAAUACCUUUUCCAAUUGGCGAUUUACGUCCUAGAAAGCAGCAAUUCUCGACGACUAACAUACUUCAUGCCACCCCUGAAUCUUAUUCCCCUCCUCUGUAUCCGACCCAUGCGGCUUUUUCUCUCUGCUGGAACCGUUCGCCGUGUACGAAUUGUCUUGCUUCGAGCCACUCAUCUUCCGUUUGUUGCAUUGAUAUGGGCGUACGAGUCUAAAUGGCGACAGUCCAAACGACAGAACAGCCUGCUUCCUCCAAUAUCGGCACGUCAAGGAAUUUCUGAAAAUCCGACUGGCCCACGGUGCCAGGACCCACACCACCCCUCCGUAAUUGAAACAAGUCGCCUAGGCCCUGGAAAAGCACCCAGUGUGGAUCAACAAGCCGCGCGUGAGCUAGACAUGGGGCAGUUCGGGCAAGUACCGCAGCUUGCGGACCUGAUCGACACAAUAGAACGACUACGAACUCAAGUGGAUGCCAUUGCCCAACAAAAGUGA